GCAGACAGUUGAAGAUUAAAAAAAUUUAAUGGGAAAAGAACAAACAAGCUAAUAAUAGAGAUGGGUAUAUUACCUUUACGUUGACAUCAUCACUUUGGAGCCAGCCGAUAUAAAUAUAUAUAUGUAUGGUGGCAGGCUACUACAAUCCAUGUGACAUUGCAAUUAAUUAACUGGGCUUCACUGAAUCAAAGAAGGCUAAUUCCUCAGCUUUUGGUGUUAAUGGCAGGAUCUGAAACCGCCAAGACCUCUACUGUCACCACCACCACCGACAACACCAUGCCUCAGCCAACCAAACCGAUGGUUCGAAGGUUUGUUGGAGUCAGGCAAAGACCCUCGGGACGAUGGGUGGCAGAAAUCAAGGACUCGUCACAGCGUGUGAGACUGUGGCUAGGGACUUAUGAUACUCCUGAAGAAGCUGCUAGAGCUUAUGAUGAAGCAGCUCGUGCUCUACGUGGAGAAAAUGCUAGAACCAAUUUUGCAUCGGUUAAUCAUCGUUCGAACCAGUCAGGUUCUUCUCCUUCUAAUGGAGAGUUUGUGUCCCAAUCUGAUGAGCGGCAUGGACUUAGCUUUUCUUCCUUGAAAGCUAAAUUGAGCAAGAACCUACAAAGUAUCAUGGCUAGGACAACCGAAUACAAGUCGACAAAAAGUAGAGUAAGUGACCACUUCACUUUUGCCAGCAUAUUCCACUUCAGAAACUACCAAUACCGGAACCAAGUCGAUAUGAAGAAUAUUGAAAAAGUGGUGCAACCAAGCAUCAUUGUGCCCCAUGUCGCAGAUGAACCACCCUCCUCCUCCAAUUGGGACAGCUCCAGUGUUUCAGAUUGUAGCAAUGAAUGGAUUGGCUUUCAGCAACAUGGGUUCGAUUCAGAUGGAUCUGAUAUUGGAGAAGUGAGUUUUGGUGAUCAAGGGUUUGCAGACCAGAUGAUGGGGUGGAUGGAUAGCCCAGAGAUUAGUCCAAGAAUCACUACUGCUGAUCAUGAACAUGGUUCAAGGAGUAAGAGGGUUAAGGUUUCUUCUUCUGUGGUGGUUCCUCCAACUUUUAGUGGGUCCACCUACAAUAGAAACAAUUAAGGGCAUAUGAACCAGUUGGUUAAUCUUAAUUACAUAGCUUGUGAUAUACCAUUUAGUAUGAAGCUUGUUGCUGUUUUGAUUGAUAUAGAAGUUAAGUUCCUUAAAGCUUUGCAUUGUAUAGACUACGUCUGGACAAAGAGAGAGGUUUACGGUUUGGCAUAAGGAGACCAGAGGUUAAGCCAAGAGAAGCCCUGGAGUCAAAUGGCACUGUACCUAUCUACAGCUAGUCCAAAAGGCAAUCACAAGCAUGUAGAUAUCUUGGAAUAAAUCCAGUUUGCAACGAAACUUCUCUAUCUAUGUUUUUACACAGAAUAGUUAAUAAAGUUCAUCUGAUAUAAUCAAAAUGAUACACUACACAUA